UAAUAGAAAUCCUUUAUUGUAAUGAUGAAAUGAAUGAGUAACGUAGUAUCCAAACCACGUGGUCAAAAGGGAAAUACCUGAUAUCUGAAAAAGACAAAAAGAGAUUUCAUAUUCAAUAAUAAUAUCAUGGAGGGAAAGAAAUAUGUUGUCUACAAUUUGGUGGUAUCAAUUAGUUUAUGUUCCAUUCUAGUACAAGGAAAUACAACCGUAACUGGGUAUUGGACCCAGUGGUAUGACGUAGACACACCCAGAGUUGGUGUCGGUGACGUAGAGACAGUAUCUGCUAUAGAAAAUGAAGGACCAUCAAUUUGUGAUGAACAAUAUUUCAUAUAUCACAGUGAAUGCAGGACACAUAUCUUUGAUAACUGGUUGGAAUUUACAGAACGCGAUGCACAUCUAGCACCUGACACACUGUUUAACGCCUGUACAAAAACAGGAUUAGAAUGCAGGAACGAAGAUCAACCAAUGGAAGCUACGUGUAGGGAUUACCAGAUCCGAUUCUACUGUGCAUUACCACUAGGUAAAGACAUCAUAAAAGAAGAUAACAGUUCAAUGAUAGCAUUAGCUGCGGGUCUAACAUUUUUAUUUCCGAUUGUUGUCGCACUUAUCAUAAACAUUUGUCAUAGACACUGUCGUAAAAAGCCUGCCAAUCGACUUCCGAUUGUGGCAAGAAGUCGGUCGAGAGAUAGCAUCGUCAACCAGGCUUUGUUUGAUGCACCACCUAGUUAUAAUUUACUUUUCGGUCAUGACUCGACCGUUGUUAGUACAGAACACUUAAUUCAAAGUGAAACUCGAACAUCACAUGAAGAACCUUUAUCAAAUGAACAUCGACCAAAUCAGAUCUGUAUUCAUACAUUACCUUCUUCGAACAAUUUAACGAUGGAUUCCGAAUCGGUAUCUGAAGCCGAUAGUUGUUACAGACAAUUCCGGGACAGAAUCAAGAAACUUCCGGGAAUGCAUUUAUCAGUUAUGGACAUGUAUACUCAGUAUCGAGACGGAAGUAGUACAACACCUCCACCAUCUUAUAAUGAGGCUCUGGUUAUACUUUCUACUCUUCCGGAAAAACAGGACGAGUCUUGAUUCAUCGAAUCUAAUAACGAGGCUCUGGUUAUACUUUCUACACUUCCGAAAAAACAAGACGAUUCUUAAUUCAACAAAUGUUUAAAUUUGUUAUUCAUGAGUGCCAUUUUAUAAAUGUGUCCGAGUUAUGUGCCAAACAACCAAAACUAAAGAAAUCCAAUACUUAUAAUCUCUGAAGACAACCUCUUUUAUUUAGAGGUAGAUCAAAGAGUAAUCUAGCAUAAUAUGAGCAACGUUGUCAAAUAUUUAGAGAGAUAGUGUUCUUUUGAACAUUAUAUCUGUGAGAGGAUCCAUUUAUGAUUGAAUUUGUUUU